CUCUGGAGCCGGCUCGUUGGGGGCAGGGGAGCGGGGCGCGCGGGGCUUGGGGGCUGCGCCUUGCCACCUGCAGCGCCCGCACCGGGCGGGACGCGCGCGGCCCUGUCGGGGGGCUAACGCAGGGGGAUUCUUGCAGGUGGGAAUCGAGGGCAUUUCCUAGCGCCCAAGCCAUGGUGGCCAAACAGCGGAUCCGGAUGGCCAACGAGAAGCACAGCAAAAACAUCACCCAGAGGGGGAACGUAGCCAAAACCCUGAGGCCACAAGAAGAGAAAUAUCCCGUGGGACCAUGGCUGUUGGCACUGUUUGUUUUUGUUGUCUGUGGCUCAGCUGUCUUUCAGAUCAUUCAGAGCAUAAGGAUGGGCAUGUGAGGAGGCCCGGGGCUUUGACGCUGCCCCUCCUUCUGGAGGGCGGAGGACCACUUAAGCUUUUAGCCGGGUAUCUGUGGGAAGCAAACAAGCCACACAGAAUAGAAAGAAAGGUUCCCUCAAUUGUUCUCUGAUCACUUCAUCGUGGAUGUCAGACCAAAUUGCCUUCUCACAGGACAUCUUGGUACAUCCGUGUUCUGGAGCGGAAAGGACAUUUUGCUUUUCUGUUGGCGGGAUUGGUAGCUCCCAGGUGCCUGCAGCAGCGGGCUGUCUGGUUUUGCCCUUGGUUUCACUGAUGUAUGCAUGUGGCCCUCUGAAUGAUCACCAGUUUACUUUCCAUGGAUUCAGCCUCUCCUCCGUUGGGAAUUGGUUUUACAAAUAAAUGUCUUUGUUCAACCUUA